AUGACGAGCAUUGCCCACAUCAUCCCCCAAACAAUCCCAUAUUCCGACAAGGAUAUGGAGACUGCCAUCAAAAUUUUGAAAGCUAAGAAAAUCCCCGUAUACGAACCCGGAGAAGAAGACUACGAACGUUAUAUUGCGACGUCCAAUCUCAUUUAUCGCUUCUCAACCCCCCCUUGCGUUGUUCAACCCAAGUGUGCUUGUGAUGUUCGGGACGUCAUUAGGAUCGCAAAACCAAGGAAGAUCCCCAUCACCAUCAAGAAUGGUGGCCACUCUUAUGCAGGAGGCUCCACUACCAAUAUCGGGAUCUUGAUGGAACUUGGGCUGAUGAACGACGUCAUCCUCGACAUGACGCCGGGGGCGGAAACCGCGACUGUGAAAGGCGGUGCGUUGUGGUUCAAUGUGUACAAGAAACUGACCAGCAAGCGUGUUGAUGGAAAGCAUCUCGAUGGCUGGGUCGUCAACGGCGGGCGCUGUCCUACGGUAGGUGUGAGUGGCUUCAUAUUGGGAGGCGGUCUCUCUCCGUUUACCAGAAGUUUCGGAAUGGGCUGCGACACUGUGAAAGAGUUUACCAUCGUUACAGCGACGGGAGAUGAGGUGACUGUUUCAGAGCACACUGGAGACAAAGAUAAGGAUGACCUCUUCUGGGCCCUUCGCGGUGCUGGCGGUGGGAACUUUGGUGUGGUUGUGGAGAUGAAGUUGGCUAUGAAACAGCUGAAGGGUGAUCUCGUCGUCGCAGGGCGAUACACUUGGCAUCCGGAGAAAGAUGCGGCAACUAUGACCGGAUUCAUGACCACGAUGAACAGCUUCUAUACCAGGAACUGGCCGAAUGAGAUGACCAUUGACACCUCCUGGCUAUGUGAUCUCAAGGAGACCAAGAGUGACCUUGGAGUUCGGUUCCUGGUCUACUACAACGGCAACCGGACGGCCUUCAAUCAAGCAAUCGAUGCCUGGACCCUACCGAACGCCCCAAGCCAACAUCAAAAGCUAAAGGAACAACUCAAAACGCGAUCGUUGCAGGAACCAUCUUCACGUUUUCUUCACGAGACUCUCGCGGCACAGUGGGUCGAGGAGACCAAGAAAGCCCUACCCACCACCAGCAAGAACAUGAGAGAAAUCACCGACGUUAUCAGAGAGGAGAUGGCAAGCUUCAGACAGCAUUUCGCAAACGAAACGGGCUUGAUGCAAGUCACCUUCAUUCAUUCCGGCGGAGAGGCAAACUCGAAGAAACGUGAGGAUAUGGCUUACCGCUGGCGUCGGUCCGUUUAUCACACAUAUAUAAUGCUCCAGUGGGAUGAGAAGUGGCUGGAGGAGCCCAUGAGGCGCUUUCUGAGCAAAAUGAAGCCAAGAUUGAGUCAUUAUGGCAUGGUCAAAUGGGCCACCUUCAUCAAUUUCCCUGACGAUACCCUGAUGCCAAACGUUCAUGAACAGGCAUACUAUGGGAACAAUCGCCAGAAGCUGCGGCUUGUCAAGCAAAGAUGGGACCCUGAUAACUUUUUCAAGUGGUCGCAGGGAAUUCAGCUGCCUAGGGAGGCGAAAGAGAAAAGCCUAAUGAAGACUACACCUACCGGCGAAGAGACACACAGUGACCUCGGACAUGACCAGGUCCUCAUAAAAGAGGAGGCGUUGACCGAUCUGAUAGCAUUACAGCAGUGGAGGUCCUAUCGCCCUCAGGCCGAGACCGACUACUAUGGAAGCGAAUCUUUACCGGCCUUGGUCUAUUGA